AUGGAUGUUGUUUCAAUGGAGUUAUCUUCCACCAUUUUCGUCCGCACAAAUUAUUUGGCCACCAUUGGCCUCCUAAACAUCAGUGACGAUGAUGACGACAACGACUACGAUGAUGACGAUGAGUAUGAUGAUGAUGAUGAUGACGAUGAUGACGACGACGACAACGAUGAGGAUGAUGAGGAUGACUACUUCGACUUAGUCAUCGACGAUGACUACCACGCCUACUUCGACAGACGUUCUGGGCCAGCACCUGUAGCGGCGGUGGAGGGCCUUAAGAUGGUCAUUGUCGAGGAGCCGGACUCUUGUUCCAUAUGUCUGGAGGAUUUGGGGCUAGCGGUUCCAGUGUUGGCGAUGCCUUGCAGUCAUCUCUUCCAUCCGGGGUGUCUAAAGAAAUGGUUGGAACGGAGCUGUUCAUGCCCUCUCUGUCGCUUCUCACUUCCUCAAGAACACUAG